UGUCAUCUCUGAUAAACAGCGUGGGCAGGACAAUCACCGUGUCAGUCUACUGCAGUACUCACCUGACGGCGCCGUAAGAUUGGAGUUCACUCCAGACAUCUAUACCUCAUGAAUGAGCUUAGUGGGUUUUCGAGAUAAAGUAAAUGAGGGUUUCGUGAUAGAUUUGAAGAAAUAAAUAUAUGCCGAUUUUUCUUUGAAUUAUCCUAUCGAUUAAUGUUGUGUUGCGUUCACGUUUCUUCUUUAUUGACUAUCUUUCCAUAGGAUGAAUAAUUUUAUUACUCGAGUGACGUGUGGUCGGCCUGUGUUUAGCAAAGUGUUAGUUUGCAUUUGGAUGCAACAGGUGUUUGUUUCGCACAAGGUGAUCGCGUACAAACGUCUGUGUUUGUAGAUUUCAUGGCGACUUCAUAAAUCAUUCUCGUGGACAAGUUUCACCGAGCCAGGUUACAAGCUAGAGAGUCCAUCAAGCAAGCAAACAGUGUGUAAUUGAUCAAACCAUCAUCACAUUAAGUCGAGGAGAGCGAGAAAGAGCUUGGCAGGCAGUCGGGGAAAAAGUUGCCUUGUGAAAUCGACGAACAAGGUGACGUAUCUGAAAGUAAAGGGAAUGAAAGUGACAGUGGAAUUGGAAGAAACAUUGUAUUGUCAUUGAACAUCUUUUUUUUUGUAUUUACCGCGGCCAGAUAAAUGAUAAGCUGCACGCAGUUUCGUAAUGGUAAUUUGUCUGAUUAGAUUUGUAUUUCAUUUUCCUUCCUUGGCGGAUCAGUGGAGCGUGGAUGCCUGUCAUAAAUUACACCAAUUUUUAUAAUGGACAUCUAAUUUCGUGCAUCUCUUUUCGGGGUUACAGCAGUGAGUGGAUUCCGUUCAACUGUUGUGGCGUUGUUUCGUCUCGAUUGAGAGUAAUUAACUUCACCGCGGAAUCAAUAGGCUCGUGCGUGGAAUCAGAGACUAAGAAGAGAGUGGAUGAGAGAGGAGAUCCAAUCAAUUGUUCCAUUAGGGGAUUAGUCGAUCACUAACGUUUUUAGAAACAAUUCCAAUUUGGAAUACAUGCCUGACUGAACGCUGUGUGUAUUGUGACGGUCGCCUCGAUGUCAGCUCACGAUCAGCGCCACGGUAUUACCAUCUCGCUCAGCAGUGUGGUAGGUUAUCUGCGAAGGCUCCGCCGGAGUAGACGCUACAGGCGAGACGAAAAGGAGGCGGGAAGGCGACAAAUGAACGGUCGUCUUGGCCGAACACGAGACAGCGAAGACCCCGUCCUAGAGCCGCAAGACAUGCCGGAGAGCAGCGGCGGAACAGGUGGUGGUGGGACCGGCAUCAAUGGAAGUACCGCGGAUGGAUCCGGUCCAGGCACCAGCGGCAACAACAGCAACGGAAGCGGGGGCGGAGGUCGAGACAGGUGCCCGACCGCUAUCAAACUCUUCGCCGCUAGAUACUUCAAAUUCUUGUGCGGCGCCGGCGUCCUCCUUGGAACGAUUUCUUUUAUUCUCAGUAUAAUUGCCAUAGCAACGGACCAGUGGCUACAGGCUGAACUCAUCUAUGAAGUGCCUAAUGUAAACGUGAAUGAUACUCGCGGAGGAAACAGUACAAUCACCCGAGGUGAAAGAAUAUCAACGGGAAUAUGGAACUUAUGCUUUGAGAAGUUCGAGGAAGGAGUUAUAACAGACGCCGGGUGUCACUCAAUAAAUAAUAUGUUACGAGCGCUACAUGAUGAAACUCACAGAACCUUCUUCCAAUCGCUAGGAGCAUUUGAAGUUAUUAGCACAGCAGCAACGUUUACUGGAUGCACAGUAGCCAUAAUAGCCAUGUUACACCAGCAACCCUUGGCUAUGUUAGUCGCGGGAUUUACCAUGCUAUUUUCAGGUCUCUUUAUGCUGGUAGGCCAUCUGAUGAUGUUGACAGCCCACCAAGAAACGGGCGACAUGGACAACGUAUCCCUGGUCGGCCAGCUCUUCAAGGACGCCACCUCGUCCCGCUACGGUUGGUCCUUCGUGGUCGCCUGGAUAUCGUUCAUCCUGUGUGUGACGGCCGGCAUCACCGACUUCCUUGUCUACCGCAACUUCCGGAAGAUCACGGACGAGCUUCACAACACGCCCUCUCGCGUCAAGUACAUGCAAAGACAAACACCCGUCAAUAUCGGUUCAACGAUAUGAAGUUUUUAUGUACACCGGACUGUUCGUUGUUUAGGAAUGUAAAGCUAUGUGUGGUCGGUAUUUUUAUGAAAUAGGCCGACCUUUGUAUUUUUGAUAAAAUCAGAUUGACCCAAAUGAUUAUCAUGGUAAUUGAAAAACACCAUGAUAUUGUGCAUACAAUCCUUUUUAACGUGCACAGUUCGUAUGAGGAAUGUCGUGUAUAUAUAUUUUUGAGUCUCUGAAAACAUAUUUUCAAUGAAGAUAUGCCAUAUUAAUUGAGGAAGAGCAGCAUUUUUUAAUUUAUGAAAUGAAAGGAGAAGGUUAACAAAUAAAUAUAGCUUGAAGGAUACUGAAUAUAUGAAUGGAAAUAUUUUUUCAAAAUGUAGAAAUAUUUCAGCCUACUGUAUAGAGUUAAGUAUUAAUGAUUUUAGAUAAGGGUUUUAUUUAAAAAUCAAUCUAAGUUCUUACUGACUGUUAGUGGUUUAUUUGGAUACAGGUUGACCGGAUAGUGAAACUAAAACUUAAGUGCCUUAUCAUAAUUAGUUAGUGGGCAAAUUAAAACACGAUAGAAUAUGGAUGUCAGAAUGGAAAUCUAUUCAAUAGAAAUAUUAUCUGGGGACCUUUCGAAUAACAACAUAAAUCAUCCAGAAAAAAAAUGCACUUUGCACUCUGAACUCUAUACCCCCCCCCCCCCCCCGCUACAUAUGCUCAUAUCGAAACGGAAUGUGUUGGUAUCAGAAAUCAUAAUUCAAAUAGAAGCUGAAAAUAAUCCCUUAAAAAUACACAGCAAAAAAUGUGGUGUUAACGGGUGUACAUAGAGGACCACACCAGCUAUUUUACACCGGUGUUAAAUUGACAGUGUUAGUUUAACACUUAUAGGUGUCAUUACAGCACGUUGGGUUGUUACAUUUACACUCUUUGGUGUUAUGUUCAAUCUCUAGGGUGUAAUUUUAACACCUAAGGGUGUGGUCGUCUAUUAACACCAACUGGUGUCAGUUUUAACACCACAGUUUUUACAGUGUAUGUAAUUGUCAAAACCAGUUUCCCAAGCUUGAGGGGUAUGGUUGACUAUGAAGGGGCGAGGGGAUCAAGGAAGGGGAGCUACACUGUUACCUCGUCACCCCUUUACUUUAUUAUUAUGUAGUAUGCCUGAGAUCAUCACACCAGCAACUUCUUAAGACUCCCAAGACACGUGUAGCAUAUGGUGCGCGAGCUUUCUCUGCCUCAGCACCUUCUCUCUGGAAUGAAUUGCCAUUAAAUUUAAGAAUUAUACCAUCACUAGAGACCUUCAAAUCUAAACUGAAGUCUUAUCUUUUUUAACAGUAUUAUUUUUAUUGGCACUUUGACACUCAUCCAAACUUUCUUAUUCUUUAUUUUCUUGUGCGCCUCGGAAUAGAAUAUUUCUAGAUAUAUGGCGCUAUAUAAAUGCCUAUUAUUAUUAUUAUACCCUCCAUCGUUCAAUAAAACAAGUGUGUCAACUCUCAAACUGCCCAAAUUGACCUGAUAAUGAUUUUUAUUUCGCUAUUCUGCUAAGACAUUCUUCCUCCUCCUCUCACUCAAAUUAAAUUAAGCCUGGGCUACACCGGAACCGAAUCAACUGCGAAUCCAUCCGAAUACCGCCGUUUCGGGAGUAUUAUGUUCCCCCUUAACGAAUGCGAGAAAAUUUGGGAGGGAUCGGGAACAUUCAAAUCCACCGAAACCAUCCGAAUCAGGCCGUAUUCGGGCAGAAUCGGUCCAAAUUUAUUCGGAAGAAUUCGGUAUUGGUGUAACCCGGCCUUUAGUGAAAUUUGACCACGUCUGAUCUGCAGUGUGAAUUGCGGCUCCUGCCCCGUUAAUAAGAAGACAAAGAAGAUGAGAAGGGAAUGAAGACUUAAGACAGGGGAAAAAUUGAAUGGCGAAAAGUAAGAGACGAAUAGGGGAGAAAGUGGGGUAGACACAGUUCUGCAAAGAAAACGAACCAUUGAUAUAUUUCCAGGGGGAAUUUUAACACGUCCGAACUAUCCUUUUAUUGGCAAUCAAUAACAAUGUCACGCAAGGCGACAAUUACUUCCUGAAGGGGGGAAGGAAAGCAUGAGGGUUGUCAUGGAAACCCCUCUUUCCGCGUCUCAUUAAAUUAACAAGGGACUUGGCAUGUAUAUAAUCUCCGCGACGAAAAUAGUGCGUGAAAGGGACAAGAGGGUAUAGUAAAAGGGAAUAAAGUAAAAAUUGAUAUGAUUAUCACGGUGUAUAAUAAGGAUACAGGUUAAUCUGAUGAGGUUAGAAAAAAAUAAUAUACAUGCCACCCUCCACAUUAUAGAGUUUUGAUACUGCAUGCCAUCCCAGGAGCUGCGGCAGGAUUUUAUGUGGGGAGGUGGGGGCAGGACGACUUAAAUAUGACGUUGUAUCAUUUUCGCUUAAAUGGGUAUCGUGGCUGUUUUAAGGUUACACGGCCAGACCUCUUUUUAUACCAUUCUUUCGCCCCCCCCUACCCCUUUUUUUCACUACUAGAAAAAAAUUAGGGACAGGGCAAUCAAAAACCCCAUGCACCUCUGUGGAUGUGCACCGCCCAAGCCUGAAUCAACAGCCCAUGAUAUUUGAGAAUAACGAGGCGUGGUAAAAAUGUCAAGCGUUUGUUUGGUGAAGAUAAUUCGGAUCUGAAUAAUGGUAUAGAAUGUAGAUUGAACGAAUUGAAUGUCAUGAUCUUAUUUGCUAUUAUUUUGUACGUAGACAUAUCCAUAUUUAAAAUGGCAAAUAAUAUUGUAAGCAUGUCAGCUGUUACGUUCAGUAAUGGCUUAAUAACAGAAAGCAUUUAUCUUGGGGUCGCAGGAAAUACGAUCAUCAUCAUCAUUCUUAUUUCAAAAACUGGCCUGAUUCACUGUAACACCAUGAACAACAACAGAACACCUCAGAUACUACCUUAUAUCAUUUGCCCCCCCCCCCCGCGUUUGCGCCCCCUCCUCCGUCAUCUCUCUCUCCUCUUCUUCCUUUCUCUCCUUUUCUUCCUCUUUCUCUUCCUCCUUUCUUUUCCUCCCCUUCCUUCCCCCUUCUCUCUGAUUAUGCGUUCAAUAUUAUAAGAACGCCAUGUGCACAAACAUGAAUGAAUAAUUUAGAGCAGCACAUAAAAUUUGAAUGACGUGAUGACGGCAAAUUUUUUUUGGGGGGAGGUGGUUGGUGGGGGUUGUAAAUAAGAACAUUAUCAUUCUUCAAAUCAUCGGCGGGGAUGUGAAAUCGAAUUCGUCAUAGUGACAUCAUCAUUGUAUUUUCUUUUCGCGCAUCAUUCACGAGACAUGUUAUGAAAAUUGAAUGAUGAACGAUACUUUAAUGAGAUCGUGUGUUUUAUAUUUCGAUAUUUUCCCGUUGUACAGUUUGUGGCCUUUUUUACAUGAAUAUCUUAAAAGGCAACGAAUGUAAAUUUUUUGCCUUUUCCUGGUCCUUCAAAGUACUUCUUUCCUGUAUAUAAUUAUCUAAAUGUUUUCAUCCUUGUCUAAAUUGGGAUUUUCUUAUAUCGUAGCACCGCUGUAAUUAUAUCACACAAAUUAUUAUAGUAUAUAGCGCACAGAAAUGUAUUAUUUAUAUUUUUGAUACAGGUGUAUAUGAUGAAUGUCGAUCGUUAAUAACUCGUCUUCUGGUCGGGUCGAAUUGUAUUUAUCCACUCGUUGGGGGCGUGUGUUCAUUUCUUUCUGCAACAUUGAAUAUUGUGUGUAUAAGUCAUCGAUGUUACAUGAAUAUAUCAAUCUCAUUUUUCUGGAGUAAAUAAAUAUUGAUUAUUUUCUAAAAUGUGAUUUAUGAUAUAGUGUUAUAUCCGGUAGCUUAUCGGGAUACAUUAUGGCUCAAAUAUUUGACUGUUAUUUUCUUUUUAAAUCAUUGGGACUUUUAAAGGGGAAGUUCACCCCGAGGUUUUUGUUUAUCUAUUUUUUUAAAGCAAAAAUCUUAAGAGAAAAAUAGUGAAGGUUUUAUGAAAAUCCGUCAAAGAAUAAGAGGGUUAUGAAUUUUUAAGUUUUCAAUUCAUGACGUCAUAUGCAAGCAGCUUAUCCAUAAUUAUAUUUCCAUAAAUUACUUUUUUUUCAUAGAAUUUUAUGAACGUGAAUAGUUUUGAUAGAGAAGGGUUAUUAUGACUGUUUCUAAUGAUACAUCAACAGUACAAAUAAAACCACUCUCGAUUUUUUGAGAAAAUUGCAUUUGGGGGAAUUUAUAUCACAUGGUAUAUGUAGAAACUGCUCAUCUGUGACGUCUUAGAGUCAACUUUUUCUUUAAAAAAGAAAAUACUAGUAAAGAAAUGCAAAAAGAUAUUUCCCUUCUCGGUAGUUAUGAACUUACUUUACAAGUAAUUCCUCUUUAUAAUUGAGUCGUGAUAUUACUUUCAAAAAUUGUUAUUGUUGUGGAAAGUGAUGACGUGUUACGAAAGAUGAUGAAUAUUUCAUUAAAACCACAUUAUUCAUGGUAAAA